AGAAACACACUUCACCCGGAAGCGGAGGACCGAGGGGGAAACGUCGGUAGACAAAUUGUUGUGGAGCAUUCACGGUAGUCCUCUGAAUUUGCUUUGCUGCUGUCUUGCUAAUCCAGCGACUUGCAAACCAGCUGCGAUCUGAGGUGCAUUUGCAGGAAGGUUUAAUUCUCCGUUGCUCACGUUAGAGAUGUCAGUGGUGCCUCCCAGUCGCUCGUCCACCGGCUGGCCGCGCGGCGGGGCCGUUCAGUUUGGGAACAAAUACAUGAGCGGGCCUGCCAAGCCGCUCACACUGGAGAGGACCAUCAACCUAAACUCACCCUCUCUGGCUCCAGCCUCUCUAAUUUACCCUCUUACCAACUACACAUUCGGCACCAAGGAGCCUCUGUAUGAGAAGGACAGCUCGGUGGCCGCCAGAUUCCAGCGGAUGCGGGAGGAGUUUGACAAGAUGGGAAUGAGGAGGACAGUUGAGGGAGUAUUGAUCGUCCAUGAACACAGGCUGCCUCAUGUCUUACUGCUGCAGCUUGGCACCACUUUCUUCAAACUGCCCGGCGGAGAGUUGAGUCCCGGAGAAGACGAGGUGGAGGGUCUGAAACGCCUGAUGACUGAGAUCCUCGGACGGCAGGACGGGGUGAAGCAGGACUGGGUGAUUGAUGACUGUAUCGGCAACUGGUGGCGCCCCAACUUUGAGCCUCCACAGUACCCGUAUAUUCCAGCUCACAUUACCAAACCCAAGGAGCAUAAGAAGCUGUUCCUGGUUCAGUUGCAGGAAAAAGCGCUGUUUGCUGUCCCCAAGAACUAUAAACUGGUGGCGGCACCGUUGUUUGAACUAUAUGACAACGCCCCUGGAUAUGGACCCAUCAUUUCCAGUCUACCACAGCUAUUGAGCAGGUUCAACUUCAUCUACAACUAACCUGAGAGAGCAGGAGGUACGUCUGGCUGUCUCUGUGAGUGCAGCCGUGUCUGAGUGAGACUGAAAGAUGAGACAAGGAGGUGAAAACAUGCUUCUCAUCUCUGGCUCAACUCUCACAUAAGAAAAGCUUGUCAUGUCCGUAAUAUUGACAGUCCACAGGGGUGUUUGUUUAUACUGUUGUUAGAACAUGAAGAUGUCAUGUGUCCUUUUCUUUCUUUUUUAUCUUAAAAACUGAUAGUUUUUGUAGUAUGCAAGUACAUAUUCUAGUGUGUUAAGAAUCUGAUUUUAUGCCCUCAGAAGAGGAAAGUGUUUGAUUAAACAAACUACGACAUUGAGUUUCCUGUUAUUUUAACCUGUAACAAUGCUAUGUUUUUUUUCUUUUUAAUAAAAAAGUCAUUUGAAAUUGUUUUUACAAAAUUUAAA